GGUCCCGACAGAGAAUAAUGGUGCUGAUGCUAAAUGUGAGCGGCUCGGUGGUGGCUGCAGUUUGAAGACGAGCUGGAGGAGGUGGGGAUGAAUACCAUAAAGGUGUGUGUGCGCGUGUGUGUGAGAAACCAGAAGGAAAAAGCUGAGUGCGCUGAGCGUGAGCCCGGGAGCGCAUUAUCUGGGCGCUCGGUGUGCCACGGAAACGCGACCGGGAGAAGAUGCGGAUCUCCUCAGCAGUCGAGAAUAAUAAGUGGUGGGCUUCAUGCACCCCCAGCUGAGAGACAGAUAUCUAUUUGUAGGAUGAAAAUAGAAGGAUCUUUACACCAGCGGGUCAAACUUUCCUCCUCUGUGGUAGGAUUUCUUUAAUUCUUUCUUCCCUGACGCGGUGAUGGAGCGCCACUUGGGAGAGAGAGGAUGAUGGACACUUUGGCACCUGCAGCUCUCGUCCAGAAAUCCCUCCGUCUCAACAACAAGGCGCGCUGCUGACCGAGCCCUCAGGACGGUGAUCGCUCAUUUAUUUUGAAGUGGCAGGAGGGUGGAAAAAAAAAAAAAGAUUGGAAGGAAAAGAGUGAGCUGGGGAUGGUGCGCGCAACGAUUCCUCGGAGACCUACGUGCGCACUCAUCACAUUCCCACCGAGGAGCGCACCUUAAAGAAAAUAGCUUCGUUUCUCCUUUCACUGCUCAUUCCCGCUGCUCUGAACUCGUUGAGCAUUUCUAGAGAAUGGACUUUAACCAAGGGACGUGAGAAAUCCCCAGAUCAUCAAUCGGGACGUGGACUAUGAUUGACAGCCGAGGGAGCUAAGGAGACCUGCCACUCAGUUUGCUAUUAGCGUGUCAAGGGGGCUUUCUCUUGUUCAUCUAGCCCCCUUCUCCAACCUCAGCUCGCUUCUUAUCUUUGGACCUAUAUCCUCACAGUCUUCAGCCUCUCUGAAAACAAAACAAUACUUCUAAAUCAAGCCAGGUUCCCUCCCUCCCACAAAAGGAGUUGGACAUGCCUCCUCACUCCGUUUGAGACAUUGGAAGAAGAAGUCUACAAACCCUGGUUUGUGCAUUUUAAGAAGGAGGAAGCGCUCCAUCUGAAGGAGCUGAAAGAGGAGUAGUCAUGAGGUUCCAGUUUGCACUUACCCUCCAGGCGAUAUGGACUGGCAUGUGCCAUGCUGCCAUGCAACACUACCCUGCAGCAUGGGGCCACUAUGACGUGUGCAAGUCCCAGGUGUAUUCGGAUGAAGGCUUAACCUGGGACUACAUGGCCUGCCAACCGGAGGCAGCAGACAUGACCCAGUUCCUGAAGGUUACCCUGGAUCCCCCCAACAUCACUUGUGGAGACCCUCCAGAGACAUACUGUGCCCUGGAGAAUCCUUACAUGUGUAAUAAUGAAUGUGAUGCCAGCACUGAGGAACUUGCGCACCCUCCACAGCUGAUGUUUGACAUAGAGGGCCGUAACCCCACAACCUUCUGGCAGUCAACCACUUGGAAGAAAUACCCCAAAGCCCUUUUGGUCAACAUCACUUUAUCUUGGAACAAAACCAUUGAGCUGACUGAUGACAUCGUCAUCACGUUUGAGUCAGGCCGACCUGAGCAGAUGGUCCUGGAAAAAUCUCUAGAUUAUGGGCGAACCUGGCAACCCUACCAGUUUUAUGCCACAGAUUGCCUGGAUGCCUUCACCAUGGAGCCCAAGACAGCACAGGACCUGUCCCAGCAUACCUUGCUGGACAUCAUCUGCACAGAGGAUUACUCACGAGGGUAUGUGUGGAAGUAUGACAAAACUGUUCGCUUUGAGAUCAAGGACAGGUUUGCACUGUUUGCUGGGCCCAGGCUGCACAACAUGGCCUCGCUUUAUGGGCAGUUGGACACAACCAAGAACCUGAGGGACUUCUUUACCAUCACCGAUCUGAGAAUUCGGCUCCUGCGGCCUGCCACUGGGGCUACAGUGGUAGAUGAGAACAGCCUAUCGAGAUACUUCUAUGCCAUCUCUGACAUCAAAGUUCAGGGCAGGUGCAAGUGCAAUCUUCACGCCAACAGCUGCGUCUUUGACAAAGAGAAGUUGAGCUGCGAGUGCGAGCACAACACCACCGGGCCGGACUGUGGUCGCUGUAAGAGGAACUACCAAGGGCGAGCAUGGAGUGCUGGCUCCUACCUGCCCAUUCCCAAGGGCACGGCUAAUAUCUGUGUUCCUAAUAACAUUGGUCCAGUUAUACGGCCGAAUGUCUCAUCUCUAGGUGUUGCUAACCGAAAAGAAGUAGCUCCUCAAGUUGCAUUGUCCACUGCCCCUUCUGUCCGGGCUGCAAACAGAAAGCGAGACUGCGAAUGCUUCGGCCACUCCAAACGAUGUAGCUACAUCGAGGUGCUAAAUAAAGUCAUUUGCGUGAGCUGCAAGCACAACACUAGGGGCCAACACUGCCAUCUGUGCCAGCAGGGCUACUUCCGCAAUGCCUCAGCAGAACUGGACGAUAAAAAUGUUUGCAUAGAGUGUAAUUGUAAUCCUUCUGGCUCAGUCAGUGAUCGCUGUAAUGGCACAGGAUAUUGUAUAUGUAAGGAGGGCACUACGGGCCCCAAGUGUCAGGAGUGUCUACCCGGCUAUUUGUGGGAAAAUGGCUGCAAAUCCCGGGUGUGUGACAACGAACUCCUGCGUUGCCAAAAUGGCGGGGAGUGUGUGAACAACCGCUGUAGCUGCCCCCCCUCCUACACAGGCCUGCUGUGCGAGAAGCCCCGCUGUGAGUCCGAGCUGGGGGGUUGCAAGGGGCCCGAUUCAGGCCAGGCUCCCCUGAAGCCUCCUUCACUCUACAGUUUGCUGACACUACUGCUGCUGGGUGCCGCAUUGCUGAGAGCCCCCUGCUGGUCCGCCAUGCUCUGAAGGGACCUAUUCCUGAGUGGGAGCGACUCUCACUCCCACCACCUUCACCUUAGCCCUCCCAAACCUUUCCUUACAGAUAAUCUACAACCAUUUUUUUAGAAAAAGAAAAAUCAUUAGCUUUCUGGACUGUGACGCACUGAGCUUCUCGCUGCCAGACUCGGUGCUGACAAUGACGAGAAUGUGCCAGACUAAAGCAAAAACUUUUAAUUUAAUUUCAAAGAAUAUAAAGUAAAGAGUAUACAUCUAAAAUAAAAAGAUAUUAUUAAAAGUAUGAAUAACUGAGUAUUUGCCUGAUAAAUCAAAGAACGGUGAGUCCCCCCCCUUUCCCUCUCUAAGCCAUACCAGGUUCAUGAGAUCCUUCCAGUGUGAGGAGGAAUAACUCAACAUGACAGACUUGUUCACUUCCUUUCUUAUUGCCACGGCAACAACAGCUGCAGCCAAUCAGCUCUCGCACAAGCCGACGGUGGCCCGUGGAUCCCAGCCUCCCCCCCUUAGGGACGCUUGUGCAAGGAAAUGUUUGCUGGACUGGCGACGAUGAAGAAUAUGAAUAAGAGAAAAAAAAACCUCCAUGCUGAGCAGCGAGGAAGACCGUCCUGAGAGACGAACUGUUACACUUCAAGGCAAUGACAAACAGAAAAAGGUGAACAAAAGCAACAAAAAAACAGAACAUUCUUUGCUGUCAUUGGAUUCUGGAUAGAAGGAAAUCUGUCUGGAUUACCUAUUUGUGACACAAGAACUUUGCUCCUGUUAACCCAAACAUGCCACACCUUCACAGGUUUUCUGUCGCGUCAUUCCUCCUGUUCAGCCCCUGUACCUCAAAUCCCCCCAACCCACCCACUCCUGGCACGCUGCCACUGACCUGUGCAUUUGUGAACGUUACUCUGUAAACCCUUGUUGGCUGAAAGAUUCUUUUGUCCAAUGUUAGUGAUGCACAUGUGUAAGAAGCUUCCCCGGCCCCCUCUCACCCCUUCCUCUACUUCCAAAAAGAUAAUCCAGUAAAGCUGUCCGACUCCUCUUCUGUCUUACAGCCACCUUGCUCCCUGCAAUCGUGGACAGAGGGUAAUUUCUACCCUAAGCAGACAAGAAGCGCAUAGAGAACCAUCAGUGUAUUUGCAAAGUUUUUUUUUUCCUUGACAGAACAAAAAA